AUGAGUCGCUCGAUACCCACGCCAUCGACCUCCCUACAGGAGGAAGAGUCCCUCUCCUCUGCCCGGCCCAAGGUGGUGCCCCACUCGCCCCGCUACAUCACCACCGCUACCUUCUUCUCCGCCGGUCUCGCCAAUGUCCUUUCCGCCGUCUGUACCAACCCAGCAGACGUCAUCAAAGUCCGGCAACAGCUCCUGCUCACACGUACCCGCGCAUCGUUCCCAUCGAUUGCCGCUGCAAUGGUCCGGAGCGAAGGUCUGAGGGGUCUGUGGUCUGGAGUCACGGCGAGCAUGUAUCGCGAGGGCACGUACUCCACCAUUCGUAUGGGAGGAUACGAGCCUGCAAAGAAAUUCUACGCUAAGCAACUUGGCUUUGGCGCUGAUGGCUUCGGGAACAAGCUUCUUGCGGGCAUCACAAGUGGGGCCAUCGGAGCAGCCAUCUCCACACCAACGGAUCUAAUGAAGGUCAGGAUGCAGGCAGCUCGACCGGACGGCAGACCGCCGUACCGGACAACGCUGCAUGGCUUCGUCGAGGUGUACAGACAAGGAGGUGUGCGGGCAAUGUGGAGAGGAAUCUGGCCCAACACAAUCAGAGCCGCCGUAUUGACCUCGUCGCAAAUUGCAACGUACGACGAGGUCAAGAUCUGGCUCAAGGGCGGCAGUCUGAAUAUGCACGAAGGUAUCAAGCUUCAUCUGACCUCAAGCAUGAUCGCCGGAUUCGUCUGUUCAGCAGCAUCGCAGCCCAUCGAUGUGCUCAAGACUCGUCUAAUGUCCAUCUCCAAGAUGCCCGCCCACCUACCGCGUCCCAAUGCAUUGGCACAUUUGGGAGAGCUGCUACGGAAUGAAGGACCCAUGGCGCUCUGGAAGGGCUUUGGGAUGUGCUGGGCGCGAUUGGGCAGUCACACUGUCAUCAGCUUGACGCUGUUUGAGGGAUUUAGAGGACUUCUGGGGGUCAAGCCGCUGUGA